GACUAGUAGGUCAGUUGUUGAUAAACAACAACUGACCGAAUAUAUCUCCGCUCAGCUCCAGUUCUCGUCUUUACUGGAAAUGCGUGGUCAGUCUGACCAUGUAAUAAACUCAAUGGUCUGACCUAUUGAUAAUAGUUCAGAAGCAUUUUGCAAACAAUAAACAAGGAGCUCGAAUCCGCUGGAAUAGGUCAAUAUUACAUACUGGGUACGACUACGACUACGAGUCUUUGUAUAGCGUGUUGGACCUGUGCGAACAGUAUCAGUGAUUAGUGAAUUUAUAACACGCGGUGCAAUCAGUAUUCCCGUACAGUAUUGGAUAUACACCGUAUAGUACUGUCCUGCAUUAUUUCUGUACGCCGUGAAAUCAGAUAUAGAUAUCUUGAAACAUGGCUGACGUGAUAACAAAACUCAAACGGGAUGAUGACAAGGCUUGGUUCAAUGUAGAAUGGUCUGAUGGUUACAAGGCUCGGUUCCCAUACGUCUUCCUAUUUGAUAACUGCCGAUGUCCGAAAUGUUUCCACCCGAAUUCCUACCAACGGUCCGUUCUCAUGGCUAACAUCGACCCGGAUAUCCGACCGGCCGGACACGAGAUCAUAGAGGGAGGAAAGGUUAUUCAAGUCACGUGGCCGAAUGGUAACGUGAGUCCGUACCCCGCUAAAUGGCUCAAGAUGCAUCAAUUCGGCAAGAAACCGUACGACCCCUUAGAGUCCCUUGAAAUCAAAUCAUGGGGAAAGGAAAAACAACAAGAUAUUCCAACAUUCAACUACAAAGAAGUCAUGGAAGACAACAAUGUUCUUUAUGAGUGGCUAGUCAAAUUACUCACAGACGGCAUCACUUUGAUCAAAGGAACUCCGGGCGUAGAGGGCGUAGUAGCAAAACUUCAUGAGAGGGUGUCAUGGACAAGAAGGACUAUAUACGGCGAGAUAUUCAACGUGAUCACGAUGUACGAUGCCUGCAGUUUGGCUUACACUGCUAAGCAGCUCGGAUUGCAUGUUGAUCUCCCAGGCUUUUACCAGACUCCGGGGGUUCAGAUGUUGCAUUGUAUCAAGCAAGUCGAUUCUGAAGGAGGUGAUAAUGAGUUUGUUGAUGGGCUUCGGGUAGCUGAACAGCUUGAGCAGGAGUAUCCUAAGAUCUUUCAGAGAUUAACCACCAUGAAGGUUGACUUCAGGACACUAGGGGCUGAGUUUGUACCUUACCAUACUAUGACGCAACGUCCUGUUAUUGAGUACGACCGAGAAGGCGUCUUUCAAGGUAUAAACUACAAUGAUGGUGUGAGGGCGCCCUACUGGUCUCUGCCCGUUGAGGAAAUCACGGAAGGAUACAGGGCUAUGAAGACGUUUCAUCGAGCAAUGUACGAUAAGAGAAACUGCAUCUACUACAAAAUGGAAAAAGGUGACAUGGUUAUCUUUGACAACCGUCGAGUCCUCCAUGGUCGUCUUGGCUUUGAGGUUCACGUCAAGGAAGGAGAAGAGAGCAAGAAGAGACAUCUAGAAGGAGGAUACCUUGAUUGGGAUGGCAUCAAAUCAAAGAUGAGACUCCUACACGAGGAGAUACAUGGACUAGAACGGUUUUAAUGAUUUUUCAAAACGGACGGGGAUGUCUUUUGUUGGUAGAUUUGUGCAUAUCAAAAAAGGGAAUCCAUUCCAAACUGAAAGUUGUUUUUACAUGAAAAGGAAGAAUCAGACAGAUAGGUGAACGUUCGAACAAUAUCAAACAAGAAAAUAAGAUAAUUAUGAAUUUUCGAAAGUGGUUAAAAGUUUUAAUCAUUAUACCUAUGAAGAUUUCAAAUUGGCCACAUUGUUGAUGUCAAUGUGGUGAAGGGUAUCAUGGUCAACUCUUUCGUUUUCAAAAGUUAUACUUCAAAUUAUAUUUUUAUUGAUGAGGAUAUGACACGAUAUGCCCUGAUGAUAAAUGGUGAUUAUUUUUACAUGAUCAAUACGAAAGCAUGAUUGCUUGUAAAUAAGCAACCAUAGGACCGACGGCUUCAGGUCCUCUCCGAGUGAUCUGGUAAUGAGGAUAAAUGCCUACUAAAAGGGCACCAGAGCGCUAAAUUGGGGUAAUAAUAAUAAUAAGCCGGGGUAAUAAUAAUAUUAACAACGCGCCUCGGAAUAGAAUAUUUCUAGAUAGAUGGCGCUAUAUAAAUGCCUAUUAUUAUUAUUAUUAUUAUUAUUAUUAUUAUUAUUAAUCGAACCAGGGUCCGAAAUGCCUGCUCCACCGAUUGAGCUAUCGCGCCUCACUCUCUGUAAUGUAUUUAUAUAUUUUGAUUACCUUUCCAGAUGAAUAGGUGCUCAUGGAAAAAAAAAACAAAUCCUUGAUAAUCAAGUACACAGCCAAUUGUCCCUACCACUUGUCAUAAUUAACUUACUGAAUAAGUUGUCAAUUUGAAAUUCUCAUAACAUCAUUAUUUAAAUGGCCAUGACGUUCUUAUUUCUUGUCCAUUUUCUUAAAUCUCCACCAAUCAGAUUUCUCCCCUCUCCAACACAAUUUUAUGGCCACGAUUUGAAUCUCUAAUCUCUAAUAGUUUGAAUCUCUAAUCAUGAUUUUACAUUAUUUUUACAUCAUUAUUUUUACAACAUUAUUUUACAUGUAGUGUUUCUUGCAUUUUGAUUUCUAUUUGGUGCAUUUCAGGAAAAAAAGAUAAGUUUCCAUGGAAGUAAUAAGAUUGACAUGUGAAGAGUUUAACUGUGUAUACAAAAACAGUGUGUGAUAUUUUAUGUGUGUUCUGACAAGAUGGAUUUAAGCAUUUUCAAUGAAAAUGAAGGUACGGACCUGAAAUUGCUCCCGUAAUAUUUUAAUAACUUCAAAUUAAUGUAUAUAGACUUGCCAUUUUCUACCCGUAAUUAAUCUCGGAAAUACAUAAUGUUAGUUCACCAUUUAAAAUGGCAGAGUAUUUUUUUCUUAAACACUUUGAACAUGCCGGAUUUAACAUGGUAAUGAUGAUUUCAAUCCAAUGUGUUGAAUUUCAGCACAGAAAAUUACAAUACAUUUUAUGCUGAUGUUUGAAGGAGAAUGAAAUACAUGUAUAUUCAUUGAUGAUACCUCAUUAUUAUUCGAGUACAGUUUUUGUAAUUGUAUAUAGAAAGAUAUUUUAUUUCAGAUUUAUAUAAAGCUAGAUAUGAAAUUUUAAUUCACAUAAAACUAAUAUUCCAUCUGAUUCUCAAAUGUAUUUUUAUAAAUUCUUUUUAAAGUUCGUGUCUUUAAGAUGGCCAAUGUAUAAUUGAAAGUAAAAGGCUAAUUUUUGAACGUCGAGAUUUUAGUAUUAUAGUUUUCAAUGGGCAAUUUCAUAACGAUUUGAAUGUAUCUAAUGUGAGUUUUUCAAUGGCAAUACUCGAUAAGAAUAUUCAGGUUGAAGCUUCAAAUUUGAAUAUAAGGGAUGAUGCAAAUAUUAAUUGUAAUAAUACAAAAUAUUUCGAUAGAGCACGUAUCCACCUUUUUAGGUGCCCAAGGCGCUCCUAUAGUUACCCCGGCUAAGCCUCGGCUACCGAUUCCGAUAUAAUGCAGAUAAUAUAAUGUUGAUAUGAUUUGGUUACUAGAUAUGCUUUCAAUGCAAAAUAUACAUUGACCUUGAAAUCAAAA